AUGAGCUAUCUAAUCCAUCUCGGAGUAGUUCUCGCAUUCGCCGCAAUUUCUUUUGGAAUUUUAAGUUUGGUGGUGAUGUGUAUUAUUAAAUGUUCCAAUAAUGAUAUUGAUGACAAUCAUGACUAUGGAAGGAGCAAUGAACAUGUAACUGUUACCAUCGAUGAAUCGACCGGUAUCAAUCCAUCUAUACUUCGAUCAAUUUCCAUCGUAGACUUUAACUCUCAAGACUUCAAAGACGGCAUCCAAUGUGUAGUCUGUCUCUCAGAGCUUGCUGAUGGAGACAAAGCUAGGGUUUUGCCUAGUUGUAAUCAUUGGUUUCAUGCUGAUUGCAUCGAGUCGUGGUUUCAAUCUCACACCACAUGUCCUGUCUGUAGAAAGAUAGUUGGUUUGGUGCAGGGAGGAGCAGGACCGGAACUUGGUAGCAACUGA